UGAAAGCCGCGCGGUCUGUCUCAUACCAACUUACAGUGCUCGCUUCAUUGGCUUUUCGAUUUCAUAAAACUGUUUUCUGGUCAUAGUUCACGUGAAUCCACAUAUUUCUCUACAUCUAAAAAGUUAAUGUUAAGAAUUGUCAUAAUUAACUACAGUAGUAACUUCUCGAAAGAAGUUUUAAUUCUAUUCAGUAAAUGUUCGAGUAAUGUAAUCAUUUUUGCAUAGUGAAUAAAAACUUUUUAAAUUGUUAGUGAGAGAAAUAAAACAAUAAAAGUUAAUUUGUGAUUUGUGUUAAAAAAUGAAAUGUCACGUCCCGUUUUAUUGGUUGCUUUUAAUUAUUUACAGCAAAGAAGCAUCGUGCUGUGACGAGGAGUACAACCUCGUUCGCCACCUGAUGCAGAAGUACGACGCAUCAGUUCGCCCCGUGGAGAACUCCUCGCAUCCCCUCCUCGUCACCUUCGGGGUGUCGCUGCAUCACAUUAUUGAUGUCGAAGAAAAGGACCAGCUACUCACAACAAAUUGUUGGAUCACGCAGAUAUGGACCGAUCACCAUCUAAGAUGGAACACCAGCGAGUUUGACGGCAUCAACGUCAUAAGAAUACCUUACGAAAGAGUAUGGAAACCAGAUAUUAUUUUAUACAACAAUGCAGAUCCAAACUACCGUUCCGCGGUGAUCAACACGAAUGUGAUAGUGAAGAACACUGGCGAGGUGACGUGGCUCAGCCACGGGAUAUACGUGUCAGUGUGCGACAUCAAUGUCGAGCAGUUCCCGUUUGAUGUCCAACUGUGCACUAUGAAGUGGGCUUCGUGGACCUAUGAUGGCUUCCAGUUGGAUUUGAAGAAACAGUUUGACGAGGGUGACACUACAAACUACCAGACAAACGGAGAGUUCGACCUGGUGAGCUUCGAGGCGAUCAGGCACAACCAGUACUACUCCUGCUGUGUGGAGCCCUAUCCUGACAUUACUUACGUCAUCAAGUUGAGGAGGCGCCCCAUGUUUUAUGUCUUCAAUCUCAUUCUUCCUUGUCUUCUCAUCAAUGGAAUAGCUCUGCUAGUAUUCUACGUGCCUUCGGAGUCUGGUGAGAAGGUAACGCUGGGCAUAAGUGCUCUCCUGUCAAUGACGGUAUUCCUGAUGACGAUACGAGACACACUCCCGCCUACAGAAAAGACUCCACUUAUAAGUCUGUACUAUGGAGUUAGUACGUGUUUAGUGUCGUUUUCAGCGUCGUUGUCCGUUGUAACUCUCAAUAUAUCUUACAGAGGAGUGAGAGGGCAGCCGGUGCCAGCGCUGGUGCGAGAACUGGUGCUGCAGCGGCUCGCGCGCCUGCUCUGCAUCAACUUCGACACUGACACCACAAAGGGCGACAGCAACGGCGUGGCGGUGAGUUCUGGCGUGCAAGUCAACCCGAGGACAGGCUCGCGGCUGAAGGCGGAAGUGCAGUGCGACGGGACAGCAUUGCCGGCAUCCCCGCGCUUCGCCCGCCACAACCACAACCAUCUCACCCGCGGGCCAGCAGCGGUGAGUGCGGUAGCAGGCGAGGCGGUGCCGGCGGUGUGCGGGGCGGCGUGCUGCGGCUGCACGCUGCGCGACGCGGCCGCGCGACACGAGCAGCGCGUCGCCGCCAGCGAGCGCCUGGAGCGUGCGAACCUCGAGUGGAAGCAGGUGGCCGUGGUCGCAGACCGCGCACUUCUCGCCGUGUUCGUGUUAGUGACCACAAUCGCCACCGCCGCCAUUUUGCUGCCUCAGCUGAAAAACCUUCACGUCGGCAACACACCGUUAAAGCCUCCAACUUAGACGAUUGUUAUCUUAAGAUAAGUUUGAUUUAGGUAAAUAUCUAUUGAUUUCAAUAUCAACGAUAUAAUUUUUGCCGCUCAGUUUAGUAGAUGACUAUUAACAUGGAUCUAUUCUUAAAUUAUAAUAUUAUGGUGUAUAUUAUUGCUCAAAAGUAGGUGCCUAUGUUGACGUAAUUACAUACAAAAUAAGGUUGCAACCAAAGAUUGUAUACUAUAGAUAUGUCAGCGCGAGAAACUGAGGCGAACAAUAGUGGUUAAUUGUCUUAAUUUCAUUAGCAUUGUAAACAACGAAAGUUAUAUAAACAAAUAAUAUAUAAAUAUUGUCUACAAUGUCGAGUUGUGUAUUCAGGAAGUGUUAAAAAGCCUCAAUAGCUCACCAGUAAGAGCGGCUGGACUCAUCAUCGAUCGGUAGUGGUUCGAUCGCCGCCCCGUUGGUCUAUUGCCGUACCCACUCCUAAUACAGUCUUUCCCGACUAGUUGGAGGGGAAUGGGAAUAUUGGUCAUUUUUAAAAAUAUGGCAAAUAUUCUUUUUAAAAAGACAAUAUAUGUACAAAAUUGUGCAUGUUUGCGCUCAGUGGAGUAGCUAAAUUCGAAUCACUUUUUUCAAUGAGUUUUUCGGCACGUAGCAUAUGUAAUAGUAUAAAAUCGUUGGUUGUAACUGAAUAAAUUUGAAUUUUAUUUAAGUACAUGGAAGUUAUAUUGUUUUUUGUUAUAGCACUAGCGAAAGCCUAGUAAAAAGGUAAUAGUGACUCACAUUCAUUUUACAAAAUUGUUAUUUUUAUGUAAAUUCAAGAGGAAUGGAGGAGGUGCCAAUAUGCUCAGUAACUAAUUUAAAGUGAUAGAUUCCAAAUAAUUUAUAAGUAUAUAUUAGUUAUACACUAAAUACCUCUUGAUAAAAUAUAUCUAACAAAAGUCAAUUUUAGUUAUGCAAGCGGUUGUAUAAUUAUAAUUAAAUAAAAAAUGUGUAUAAUCUACCUGGAAACAAGGUUAAUGCCAAUAUGAAAUGUGUGCCAAAAAUAAAAGAUUUACUUGUUUUUUUUUAAAUAGGUUAAUUGUUGUGUAAUAAAAUUAUUGAUUUUAAUAUAAACAUGAAUAGACAACUAUAUUAUAUUUUUAUGACAUAAAAAUGAUAGUAACAAGGUAAUAGUUUCAGUCAAAGGUCUUUUAGCCAAAAGCUUCGAUAUACAUAUAUAUUCGACCAACACCUCAAGAAGCUUAACUGUUGGAUCAAGGGUCGGAUAUAGAAGGCAGUGAUUCUUGAAACUGCGGGUAUUGUGAGGAGGUUCCUCAAUCUGGAGCCCUGACCGCCGGUUGCUUGUGUACUCAAAUGUCCCGCAGCGGGAGGGUUGAUUUGAGGGUUUUUGGCAUGCCCAGGUGGUUGGCACUAAUGUGUCAAUUUAGAAAUUAUAAUUUUAUUAUACUUUUAAGUUGAGCUUAGUAGAACAUCAGGCGGAGCAGUGGCGUAACGUGCCUUUGAGGGGCCCUGUAUCAAAAUUAGUUGGGGGGGCCCAACAGAUAUGCGGCAAAUCCCGAAAAGUUAUGUUAAAAUUUUAGAUCGAAAUAAUUAUUUCCAAAAUUAAGUUCCUUAAUUUUCGUAAAAUACAAAUUUUUCGAGGUUUUUCAAAUGGCUGUAUUUCCACCAAAUAUAGUGUGAUUGUGGAUUACAUUUUACUAGUUUUUGCUUUCACACGUAAUGCACGCCAUUGACGAUCAAUUAUUCUCACGUUUCUGCAGCAACUACGACUAUAGCUGAUCGUGUAUUGGUUACUGCGUGCAUGACGGUUCGCCUUAUGAAACGUCUUCGCUGCCGUUUGUGCUGCAGAAACAUGAGAAUAAUUGACCGUCAAUGACUGACUUAAGGGGCCCCUGUAGUCCGGAGGCCACGUAUCAUUGAUACAGCUGAUACGGCGGUAGUUACGGCCUUGCUGAAAUGGUCCGACCAAUAAAAUGACAAAGGUCUGACCAAUUCAGGCUCUUGGAUUGCAAGUUAACUUAUUCUGUAAAUAAAUAGGUGAAUAUGCUUAAAUUAAGUGUCAGAUCUAUUGCAAUAUUAGAAAAAAAGAUUGUCAUUGCUAUUAAUUAAAUCCAUAGAAAUUAUAUUGAAAUAUUAAUAUAAUCAGAAAAAUAUGAAAAGCAAUAAUCUAAUAUUUUUGAAAUAACAUUUACCGAUACAUCUGUUUCUCUGACAUUCAAAAUUAUUUUAUUAUUAAACAAAAUUCUCAACUUAAUAUUUGCUAAUUAGAUAUAGAUUUGCGCAAACUGUUUAAAUAUUUAGUUAAAUAAUUUAAGCUCAAGAUUGUUGCCAAAUAUUAAACGAAUAAGUGUAAAUAAUAUAAUAAGUAGUUAUAACUGUGGAACACUUGUCAAUGUACAAAGUUAAUGAUAAAGGUUGUUUAUGAAAAUUUGUAAAA